AUGUUAGGAACGGAUGACAAACGGAAUGACAAACGAGAUGUUCAGAAGCUAACAGAAGUGAUAUUUUUGAUGUAUCACGAUAUUUCCGACCUAUAUUCCGAGGAGAGUUUUAUACGUUUUAAUGAGAUUAACUCCGAACCAGGACCUUCAACCGAUUGGCUGGCAAAGAAGAAAAAAUCAGUCCUAUACACUGCUUAUCGUAGUACUCGGAUCUUCCGUUUUGAAUAUGCUCCUCGCGCUACUGACUUGCGCUGUGAGACGAAGACGGCAAAGGAAUCGUAA